CUCACUUUCAGAACCGGGCCCCCCUCCCGACCCAAGGCUCGAGCGCACAGAACCGACUAUGACCACAAACGGCGCAGCGAACGGAACCAGCGACAUGCUGCAGAUCCAGUUCGGACUGAUCAACUGCGGGAACAAAUACCUGACGGCGGAGACGUUCGGCUUCAAAAUCAACGCGUCCGCAACCAGCAUGAAGAAGAAGCAGAUCUGGACUCUGGAGCAGAGCGGCGACGACUCCAGCGGCAACGUUUUCUUGCUCAAGUCACAUCUGGGCCGGUACAUCGCCGCCGACAAGGACGGCAACGUGAGCGGGGACACCGAGAGCCCGGGCCCCGAGUGCCGGUUCAUCAUCACCGCCCAUGACGACGGCCGCUGGUCGCUGCAGUCGGAGCCGCACGGCCGCUACCUGGGCGGCACCGAGGACCGGAUCAUCUGCUUCGCCCAAACCGCCUCCGUGGCCGAGAAGUGGAGCGUGCACAUCGCCAUGCACCCGCAGGUGAACAUCUUCAGCGUGACGCGCAAGCGCUACGCGCACCUGAGCGCCAAGGUGGAUGAAAUCGCCAUCGACCGGGACGUCCCGUGGGGUGUGGACUCGAUGAUCACGCUGGUGUUCCGCGAGCAGCGGUACCACCUGCAGACCUCCGACAACCGCUUCCUGCGCAACGACGGCGCGCUGCUCGCCACCACGGACAGGAGCACGGGCUACACGCUGGAGUUCCGCUCUGGUAAGGUGGCCUUCAGGGACUGCGGAGGCCGGUACCUCGCGCCCUCCGGGCCCUCCGGUACCAUGAAGUCCGGCAAAAGCGCGCGCGUGGGCAAGGACGAGCUGUUCGUGCUGGAGCAGAGCCACCCGCAGGUGGUCCUGACCGCCGCCAACGAGAGGAACGUCUCCACCCGGCAAGGUAUGGACCUGUCAGCCAAUCAGGAUGAAGAAAGUGACCAGGAGGUGUUCCAGGUGGAGAUUUGCCGCGAGAACAGGAAGUGUGCAUUCCGGACCGCUGCUGGGAAAUACUGGACCCUGACUGCUAACGGAGGCCUGCAGUGCACCGCCUCCACCAAGUCGGCUAAUUGCUACUUCGACAUCGAAUGGCGCAGGAAGCGGCUGACUCUCCGAGCUGCUAAUGGGAAAUAUGUCGCCGCCAAGAAGAACGGCCAGCUAGCCGCCACGAUCGAUUCUGCAGGUGAGUCGGAGGAGUUCCUCAUGAAGCUGAUUAACCGCCCGAUCAUCGUGCUGCGCGGCGAGCACGGCUUCAUCGGCUGCAGGAAGGUCACUGGAACUCUGGAUUCCAACCGCUCCUCUUACGAUUACUUCACCAUGGAGUUCAGAGAUGGAGCCUACAGCCUUCAAGACUCGACGGGCAAAUACUGGAUGGUGGGCAACGAGCAGUCGGUGGUGAGCAGCAGUGACACGCCCGUCGACUUCCUCUUCGAGUUUUGCGACUACAACAAGCUGGCCAUACGCCAUGCCGCCGAUGGAAAGUACCUCCGCGGUGACCAUGCCGGCGUGCUGAAGGCCAACGCUGAUGAGCUGGACUCCGCCACACUGUGGGAGUACUGAAUUGGGGGGUGGGAACAAUGGCAACGGGGACGUGGUCGCCCACAGCUGUGAUGCCGAUAAAUUAAUUGCAGCAACACUGCGUAGCGGCACUUCCCACCCAUAGAUCUACCUAUCCAUCACCCCCCCAACCCCUGUUUGUUCUUUAUUAUAUCCUGUACUUAUGACACAUGUUGAUAAACUGCACAGAGAGAGAGGAUAUACACAGAGGGAACAAGACGGAAGAGCAAAGGUCUCCUUCCAUUCUCUCAUUCCUUAAUUUUUCUUUUUUUCUCUGCUCUACUCAGCAGUGCCGACCUUUAUUUGUUGCCAUAGUUACCGCGGGGCUGUGCACUUUUUCCUGCUCCGAUCUGGUUUGCUGCUGAACCUGUCGCUCGCUGUCUCCUCGCCUUAUGAUUGGCUGCGCCUGUUCCCAGAGGUGCCCCUGUCUUUGUAAUUGUCCGUUUGCGCAGCGGCGCGUGUCGGCAGUAUUUAUAGUAUCCGCCGGAUCAGUCUCUACCUGAGCUGAUCUUCUAAACUACGUGAAAUCAAACUGGAAUGAGCGACGGUGAGUGACGGCGACUCUGGUGUCUGCGUGUAACUGUAGGAUUUGUAGAAGUGAAUUCUGAGUGCGUUUGUUUCUGGAUAAAGCCUCGGGGGCCUCGGGAGUAGAUCCAGUAAAGUUAAAUAUGGGUCUUAUUCAUCUCAGUGAACACCUCUUUCUUGUGAGAUUCUCUAGCAGGGUUCUAACUGGUAGCACCUCCUUUUUCCUGGACCAAAUAGAAAGUUGGUCCAGGAGCACUUGCCCCUUCUCCCCCUCCAUUACUAAACAAUGUUUAAGUGUUUCGCACCUGAUUACUGCACUCGCUGGUCUUACUGGAGUUGAAACACAUUUCUCUGUCCAAGGCACAGACAUUAUCAUGCGUAAACGUACAGCGGGUAACUGUAGAACCUGAGAUGAAAGGAUGCGCAGACUGUCUGAAAGCUGCUUUUUGUUCUCCAAACCUUUAAUACUGGAUUGACAAACUGUCUCCUCAUCUCAGUAACUUUCCAACAACAAAACUGGAUUCUGGUGCUAUCGAGUCAUAACGCAUGUGAAUGUCGUCUCCGCCUGCCUGUUCCCGUUAUGCAAGAUCAAGUCUUGAAUCCCACGUCAUCCUGCCCCUAGCGAUUAAAGAGCGACGUAACCAAAUGGAGGCUGAGUGCUUCUUACGAGAAGAAAUUCUGACUCCUUCAUUUUGGAUUUUUCCCGUCCUGAGUCAGAGUUGAACAGGAGGAAAAAUAUAAAAAUACUUUGUGUCAUGCGGCUAAAUUUGUCAUGAGGUUUUCUAUCUCAGCCGUGUAGCACACUGCGCCUGCUUGUUCUGACCUCUGACAUGUCACGUGGGCGAACAGCUGCCGUUUGAUUCACCGCCCUUAAGCGCUCUGCUUUCACAGAAUGUCACAUUAAGCUCCGGUAUCCAUUUGCGUUGUCUUCAUCUGAUGUGGAACAAACAUCUGUGCGAUAAUUUUUUUUUUCUUUUGCACCUUUACACUCAUCCAUCACAAAGGGUUGAGAAUCAGAUGGGAAGUAGCAGUUCUCCUUGGUGACUGCAGUCUCCACAGAAACCAAACCAAGGUUUAGCCAAACAGACGUGGACGGUGAACAUGUGGUAAUGACUGUGCCUUACUGAGUUUAGGGCAGUAGGAAAAUUCACGUCUUUGCUUUAUAUAACUGGAAUUUCCUUUUUUGUAUUGUUUUGUAUAAUUUUUUUGAUAUUGUGGAAUAAUCUCUCUUGUGCCAUUGGUUCGCCUGGAAACCGACCAAUAAAAACUGGGAUAUGGAAUGCAAA